GUCAACUUGAACGCGCCCAUUGUCAUGGGUGAAUUGUCGGCCAUGUUAUCAUUUUAAAUUCACCAAGUUUUGCGUAUCAUCCGACGUGAUUCAGCAGUUUGAUUAUUUAAUUCCAGUGUAAAUCGUGAGUUAUCGUGCAGUCUAUCGUCGACGUUGGUCAACGUUGUCAAUAAUUCAUUCGGGCAAGCUUAAAUAGAUAGCUAGGAAUACAUUUGUGAUAUAAUGACGAUCAAGGCGGUUUGUGUCCUUCAAGGAGAGCCUGUUAAAGGGACCGUGUAUUUUGAACAAACGGAAGGUUCAAAUACGGUCAAGGUAUCUGGACAGAUUUCCGGCUUGCAGAAAGGUCUACAUGGUUUUCACGUUCAUGAAUUUGGCGACAACACUAAUGGUUGCACAAGUGCAGGCGCUCAUUUCAAUCCUCUAGAAAAAGUUCAUGGUGGUCCAAAUAAUAGUGAGCGCCAUGUUGGAGAUUUAGGAAACGUGGAAGCUGGUACUGAUGGUGUCGCAAAAGUUAAUAUCACCGACUCUAUGAUUCAGCUCAGUGGAACGCACAGUGUCAUCGGACGAACUCUUGUGGUUCAUGCUGAUCCUGAUGAUUUGGGUCAGGGUGGGCACGAGUUGUCAAAAACAACUGGCAAUGCUGGUGCUCGUCUUGCUUGUGGUGUCAUUGGUAUCACAAUGUAAAUGUACAUACAUGAUGGGUGCGAGAAGUUAAAAAGAUGGAGUAUAUAUUAGAGACAUACUAUUUUCUUACUGCUUUGUUUCUAGUAUAUAGUCAUACAUGCCAAUGUUAUUUUUUUUGUCAAUGUAAUAUGAUGAAAGUUUUGUUCGUAGAAAUUAACGUUAAUGGUAAUAACAUUAAUGUCAAAAUAUGAAU